UCAAACAUUUCAAACACCUUGGUUUCUCUCGAACCCUCUUCAAUUUCCUAUCCUUUUUUCAUGUGUCACAUUAUCAGAAGAAGAAACCAUAACCAAACUCUCUUCUGUAAUCAAUUAAUGGAGACUAAUACAAGCUCUGAACUCCCUCCUGGCUUUAGAUUUCACCCAACAGAUGAAGAACUAAUUGUGCAUUACCUUUGUAAUCAAGCCACUUCAAAGCCUUGCCCUGCAUCUAUCAUUCCAGAAGUUGAUAUCUAUAAAUUUGAUCCAUGGGAAUUGCCUGAUAAAUCUGAGUUUGGAGAGAAUGAAUGGUAUUUCUUUAGCCCAAGAGAAAGAAAGUACCCAAAUGGGGUGAGGCCUAACAGAGCAACUUUAUCUGGAUAUUGGAAAGCUACUGGCACAGACAAGGCAAUCAAUAGUGGAUCAAAGCAAAUUGGGGUGAAGAAAUCUUUAGUCUUUUACAAGGGUAGGCCACCAAAGGGUAUCAAAACUAAUUGGAUUAUGCACGAGUACAGAUUGAUUGGAUCUCAAAAACAAACUAGCAAGCAUAUUGGAUCCAUGAGACUAGAUGACUGGGUUUUGUGCAGAAUCUAUAAGAAGAAACAAAUGGGAAAAACAUUGCAGCAAAAGGAGGAGUAUUCAACACUUCAGUUUAAUGAUUCUACAAUUACAAAUAAUGAUGGUGAACAAGAAAUGAUGAACAUGAACCUUCCAAGGACUUGUUCUCUUACCUAUCUAUUGGAUAUGAAUCACUUUGGUCCAAUCUUAUGUGAUGGCUCAACCUUUGAUUUUCAAAUACACAAUUCCAAUACUGGAAUAGACUCUUUUUUAAAACCUCAGCCAGUUGAAAUCAAUAACUAUUAUGAAGCAGAUUCACAGAGUACCAUCACCAAUCAGCCAAUAUUUGUGAAACAAAUGCAUAAUUAUUUAGGAUAACAAUUUAGAUUCUCUAGAUAUGUCAAUAAUGUUCAUUCAUUAGAUCAUCGCACCAACAACUCGUGCUAGACCCGGGUGGUACUAUGUCAAAUAUUUGUUUUGUUAUACAAUAAAAUGAAUUUUCAUUUUCAAA